AUGCUCUUAGUAAGUUCUUCAUCCAUCUCCGUCUCGCUCUCAGGUAGAGCAAAGCUUCUACCUUCUCUGUCUUCCUCUGCACACAUUUCCAACUCUGUGAAGGGUUCUUCUGCUUUGAGAUUCUCCAAGAGAAAUGUGGGUAGUGGGGUGGUGGUUCAGGCCUCCGAGGAGCAUAACAAUCGACCCGUUUUGGAUAUAGCGUUUGAACCUUUCGAGGAAGUGAAAAAGGAGCUUCUUGUUAUCCCCACCAUGCCCCAUGAAUCACUGGCUCGCCAAAUGUACACUGACCAGUGUGAGGCUGCACUCAACACACAGAUCAACGUGGAAUACAAUAUCUCCUUUGUGUAUCAUGCAAUGUCUGCCUACUUUGACAGAGACAAUGUUGCUCUGAAGGGAUUGGCCAAAUUUUUCAAGGAAUCGAGCUUGGAGGAAAGACAGCAUGCUGAGAAAAUGAUGGAAUAUCAGAACAGAAGAGGGGGAAGGGUUCAGCUGCAGUCAAUGCUGAGGCCGUUUUCUGAGUUUGAUCAUGAAGAAAAGAGUGACGCAUUAAAUGCAAUGGAACUUGCAUUGUCUCUGGAAAGGUUGAACAAUGAGAAGCUUCUAAAUUUACACAGCUUAGGAAAUCAAAACAAUGAUGUGCAACUUGUCGACUUUAUUGAAAGCGACUUUUUGGUCGGUCAGGUGGAAGACAUUAAAAAGAUCUCAGAAUAUGUGGCUCAGUUAAGAAGGGUGGGCAAAGGACAUGGAGUUUGGCACUUUGAUCAAAUGCUACUUAUCGGAGGUGUGGCUGCAUGA